AUGACAAACGAAAGCUCCGUGGUGGGCACCAUCGCCGCGACCGUCUUCACCCCUCUCUCCGGCCUGCCCUUCCUCCUGCAGCUCUACAUCGGCACGAUCAUCCUCACCUCAGGGUGGAUGCUCUACAACCUCGCUCUCUCGCCCCUCUCUCGCUACCCAGGUCCACUCUCUGCGCGUCUGGGCAUCCCCUUCUGGCGCUUCUAUCACGCCCUCCAAGGCGACUACGCACCCGCCCUCUACGCCCUUCACAAGCAUCACGGUCCCAUCGUCCGAAUCGGACCCACUCACCUCUCCUUCUCCGACCCUGCCGCCAUGAACUCGAUCUACAGCCUCUCGGACGGUACCUCGUCGCGCUUCCGCAAAUCCUCCUUCUACCGUUCCUUCCAGGUGUUCAAAUCGCACCCGUCGAUCUUCAGCGAGCGGGAUCCAGCGGCACACUCGAAGCGUCGUCGAGCCGUCGCCAGUGCCUACAGCAUGAACAGCCUGGUGAAGCUCGAAGAGUACGUGGAGGACGUAUCCGAGUUGCUGCUGAAACGACUCGAGGAGCUGGUCGAGACGCAAUCCAUCGAAGCGGGAGGGACGAAAGCGGUGCAGCUCGAUCCUUGGUUUCACUUUUUCGCCAUGGAUGUGGUGGGUGAACUGGCGUUCGGGCAGGGAUUCAACCUGUUGCAUCGAGGCAAAGAUGAUGAGCGGUUCCUGACGGGAGUGUUGAACCUGUCCCAGUGGGGAGCGGUAGCGGGAUGCUUGCCGUGGGUGUCGAGUUGGGUGCUGUGGCUCUUCCCCCGCGUGACCGGGCAGCCGGGAGGAAGUGUUAUUGGAGAUAUGACAACGUCAAGGAUCCAAACAAGGUAUGCCGAGGUGGAGGACAAUGGUGGUGUGGCGUCAAGACCCGACAUGCUCACCAAGUUCAUGGACGCCCGAGACCCCGAUACGAAGGAGAAAUACUCGAUGAAACAGGUGCUCUUCUCCGCUUCGUCGGUCAUGUCUGCCGGGUCGGAUACGACGGCGACGAGCCUGACAAUCUUUUUCGGCUACCUGCUCGACAACCCCACGUGCUACGCAAAAUUGCGCGAGGAGAUCAACGCGGCAGUUGAUGCUGGAAACCUUUCGUCCCCGGUCAAGUACGCGAAGGGCGCGCAGCUCGAGUAUCUGCAAGCAUGCAUCAAGGAGGCGCUUCGACUGUCACCGCCGAUCUCGAUGGAUCUCCCCCGCUAUGUGCCCGCUGAAGGCGCCAUCAUCGGCUCCAAUCCGCACCUGAUUCCCGGAGGAACGACGGUGGGGAUCAGCCCCUACGUUCUGCACCGCAACACGUCGGCUUUUGGCCCUGACGCAGAGUCGUACCGUCCCGAACGCUGGCUCGAGGGCGGCGAGGAGGGCCGCAAAUCUCUCGAGCGCUACAACAUGACUUUCGGCGGCGGAUCCCGCGCGUGCAUCGGUAAGAACAUCAGUCUGAUGGAGCUCUCCAAGGUCAUUCCCGAGAUACUGCUCCGAUACGACAUCAAGAAGCCGGCUGUCAUCCCGCAGGUGGUGUCGCAAAAGGGGACCAGGCAGCCCUCAUUCCAGGGUAGGAGCGCGUGGUUCCUCGAGGCGCACAAUCUGUUUGUCGAGCUCGUGCCGCUUUCCGUCUAG